GCGUGUACCCUUCUACGUCUCCGCGGGCUUCGUUUUCGUAGUCGUAGCACGUAAUCCCACUCCAUCUCCGCGGCCCGGGGCGGGCACCUGACGCGGCGACGCCCGGGUCGGCGCGGCUUCACCGGCCGAUCGGCUUGGUAGGAUCGCCACCGCCCACCUGCCCGCUCGCGCUCGGUCGCUCUCGCCCAUCCUGCCCCCAGCUGCUUCCCCCUUACCUCGUUCUUCCGAUUCCUCUGCCAACUCGUUUUCAUCCUCGCAAUUUGUUGCGUGGGUCCGCCGCCGGCGACUGGGGACAGCAGCUACAGGCCAGGUCUCUCGUCGAGGAGAGGCCUCCCCCUCCGUCUCCUCCUCUCUACGGGUGCCCUGGAGCGGAGAUCCAUCCGGACUUGGAUCGGUGAGCCUGACCACUAGCGAUUUUUUUCUCUUUGCAAGAUCAAUAAUCGGUUGACACUUACACCAUUAGACUUGGUGGUAUACCCAAGAUAACGGCUGUCGUUUGAUUGCCAUUUUGAGCAAUAUGGGUUGGCUGACGAAGUUUUUUAGAGGUUCAACCCACAAUAUCUCGGAAGGGCAGUAUCACAGCAGGCCUGCAGAGGAGCCAGUAUGGAAUGAACCCUCUAGUUCGCCUGUUGUAACUGACAUCCUUUCAGAGUUUAACAAUGAGGAUAUUGACCGUGCUAUAGCACUCUCUCUAUCUGAAGAGGAGCAAAGAAAGGCAAAGACAAUAGAAAAGGAUAUGCAUUUGGAGGAGGAUGAGCAACUUGCAAGAGCUAUCCAAGAAAGUUUGAAUGUUGAAUCACCCCCUCGCGUAAAUGGCAGUGCCAAUGGCAGCAAUACAUAUCAACCAUCUCGCGAAAAUGGAACUUCCAGUGGUGGCAAUACAUAUCAACCAUCUCACGAAAAUGGCACUGCCAAUGGUGGCAAUACAUAUCAACCGUUACCAUUUAUGUUCUCAUCUGGAUUCAGGGCAUGUGCAGGAUGUCACAGAGAGAUUGGCCAUGGGCGUUUUCUCAGUUGCAUGGGAGCUGUUUGGCAUCCAGAAUGUUUUCGUUGCCAUGCCUGUAAUCAACCAAUAUAUGACUAUGAGAACACAAUGCUGCAGUUCUCCAUGUCAGGAAAUCACCCAUACCAUAAAAAUUGCUACAAGGAGCGCUUUCACCCAAAAUGUGAUGUCUGCAAGCAAUUUAUUCCUACAAAUAUGAAUGGCCUUAUUGAAUAUAGAGCACAUCCUUUCUGGUUACAAAAAUACUGUCCAUCACAUGAGGUGGAUGGCACUCCAAGGUGCUGUAGUUGUGAAAGAAUGGAGCCAAGGGAAUCAAGAUAUGUAUUGCUGGAUGAUGGUCGUAAGCUCUGCCUGGAGUGCCUUGAUUCUGCAGUGAUGGAUACAACCGAGUGCCAGCCUCUUUAUCUCGAAAUUCAGGAAUUUUAUGAAGGUCUGAAUAUGAAAGUUGAACAACAGGUUCCUCUGCUUCUGGUAGAGAGACAGGCUUUAAAUGAAGCCAUGGAAGGAGAAAAGGCUGGUCACCACCAUCUUCCAGAAACGAGAGGAUUGUGCUUAUCAGAAGAACAGACUGUUAGCACGAUACUGAGGGGACCAAGAAUGGCUGGAAACAAAAUUAUGGAUAUGAUAACAGAGCCAUAUAGGUUGACACGUCGAUGUGAAGUGACUGCAAUUCUCAUUCUGUAUGGUCUCCCAAGGUUGUUGACAGGUUCAAUUUUAGCUCAUGAGAUGAUGCAUGCAUGGUUGCGACUUAAAGGAUACUGGACACUCAGUCCAGAUGUAGAAGAGGGCAUAUGCCAAGUUCUAGCUCACAUAUGGAUUGAGUCAAAGAUCAUGGCAGAAUCAGGCAGUAAUACUGCAUCAACGUCCGCAGCCUCUUCGACAUCCACAUCAUCGAAAAAAGGGGGACGGUCUCAGUUUGAGCGGAAGCUUGGGGAUUUUUUCAAGCAUCAGAUUGAGUCGGAUACCUCUAUGGCCUACGGAGGAGGUUUCAGAGCUGGGAACCGGGCCGUUCUUCAGUAUGGCCUAAAGCGAACCCUUGAGCAUAUCCGGCUAACAGGGACCUUCCCAUUUCGAAAUGGCAUGGAUCCACAUUUUGGUGAAACUUAAAUUACAUAUAUGAUUGUCAUUCAGAGUUCAUUUACAGGGAAAGAAAGGAAUUUGAAAUGUGCAAUUGUACAAACAUUCUUUUCAGAUAUAUCUUGGAAGGGCUAACUACAGUAUUGAAUGAGUUGCGAUGGCUAGCCUGACCAAUCAUUCGAAAUGAUUGUGACCAAACUCUGGAACGAAAACAACAGUAAAUUUUUUAUAUGGCGUGAAUUUCAGUAACAAAAAAUAUAUAGUUCCUUUUACUUGCGGAUA